AUGGAGAACACUUUCACAGACUCUUUGCCCUCUACCCCAUCGAUAGAGGUUCCCGUGCUCACUGUCUCCCCAGCUGACACAUCCCUCCAGGCCGAGGGUGUGGAGGCCGGGACAAAGCCCGAGGAGAAGAAGCCAGCGAAGAAGAGAAAGUCAUGGGGCCAGGAAUUACCAGUUCCUAAGACAAAUCUACCUCCUAGAAAGCGCGCCAAGACAGAGGAUGAAAAGGAGCAGCGCCGGAUUGAGCGAGUCCUCCGCAACCGCGCAGCUGCACAGACGUCUCGCGAGCGCAAGAGACUUGAGAUGGAAAAGCUGGAAAACGAGAAGAUUGACAUGGAACAACAAAACCAAUUCCUUCUUCAACGCCUCGCCCAGAUGGAAGCUGAGAACAACCGACUAAGCCAACAAGUUGCUCAACUCUCAGCAGAGGUCCGGGGUUCCCGUCAUAACACCCCGACGGCCAGCUCUCCGGCGUCAGUUUCGCCAACCCUCACCCCGACUCUGUUCAAGCAGGAGGGCGACGAAGUCUCUCUCGACCGCAUUCCCUUCCCGACCCCAUCUGUUACCGACUACUCCCCCACUCUUAAGCCUUCCUCUCUGGCUGAGUCCUCCGACCUGACACAACAUCCUGCAGUGAUGUUGUGUGACCUGCAGUCUCCUCUUUCUGACGAUGACUUCCACCGCUUAUUCCACGGUGAUUCAUCCCUUGAGUCGGAUUCUUCACUCCUUGAAGACGGGUUCGCCUUUGACGUUCUCGACUCAGGAGAUUUAUCAGCAUUUUCAUUUGAUUCUAUGGUUGAUUUUGACACCGAGCCUAUCACCCUCGAAGACCUCGAGCAACCCAACAGCCUUCCGGAUCCAACUUCUUGCAAGGCUGCUAGCUUGCAACCCAGCCAUGGCGCGUCCACUUCGCGAUGCGACGGGCAGGGCAUUGCAGCUGGCGGCGCGUGA